UUGUUUUCGUCAGUUACUGAAGCGGAACCGAGCCGCUGCAAGGGUUUUUCUCUUCUUCCAAACGCCACCCCACUCCCAAACCCUCUAAUUAGGGUUUUUCGUUUCUCUCUCUUAUUCAUGGCCUGAAACUAUCAAUGCCGUCCGUUUCUUUCCCGACCGUUUCCCGUUUUCCUGCCGUCUUCUACCAAAGACCCUAUCUUUUUCAAAUCCAGACUCUGAAAAUGUCCGCCCAUGCCACUGGCAAAAGACCCAUUUGCCCCUCCUGCUCCAAACCCGUCCGCCUCUGCCUCUGCUCUCGCAUCAAACACCCGCCUAUUGAAAAUUCGAUUGCUGUGACGAUCCUCCAACACAGUCACGAGAAAAAUCACCCUCUCAAUUCGACUCGAAUCGCCUCAUUGGGGCUGAAAAAUCUUGCUAUAGUUCCAGUUUCCGACGUCCAUUUUGAAGCCCGGUUCGACAUCCAGCUGAUGAAAUCCGACCUGGAAGGUAUGAAUGACGGUUUUGAAUGUGGUAGGGACCGUUUGGAGAAACCCAGAUUUGGUUGGAUUUCAGAUUCUGUAGAAACCCAGAAAGAAGUCAGAGAAUGGUGCUCUGGAAUGGCUGUUUUUGCUGCUGAAUCGGACAAUGGGAGCUGUCGAGACCGCCCGCAAAAACUGAAUUCUGAUCAAAAUUUGGAUUCUGGAGAAACCCAGGAAGCAGUCAGAGAAUCAGACUCCAAAACUGCAAUUUCUGCUGCCAAAUUGGAAAAUGGGAGCUGUCGACACCAGCAGGAAGAAACAGAUUGUCAUUCCGAAGAAACCCAGAAAGCAGCUGGCAAAUGGGACUCUAAAGCUGCAAUUUUUGCUACGGAAUUUGAUAAUGGAGUAAGUAAUUGUCAUACCCACUUGCAGAUUUCUCAAUCCCAUGAGGAGAAACUCAAUCCCAGACAAAUUCCAGCAUCUCCAACAGAGAGGGAAAAUGCCCAUUUGCUGAACAAUCACAAACAAUUAGAAAAAUCAGAUUUUGAGCGAGUUCCCGAUUUCUCAGCGGAGAUAGAAACAUUAUUGGGGUCAGAUUUGAAAACCAGUACAAUUGCUGCCAAUGCAGAAAAUGGUUUUGUAAAUGGCUUUUCAUAUCAUCACAACAGUCAAAAUUUCUCGGAAAAGGUAGAUUUUGAGCAAAAUCCAGCCUCAGAAUUUGGCAAUGAGGAUAGAAGUUUUGCUGUUACUUCGAAGAUCCAUCAAAACAACCAGAAAAAAACAGAGUUUGAUAUGACUUCAGAUUCUACCACAGCCAAAGAACCAUCAUUGAAUACCCAAAAACCUGUGAUCAACCUGAGUCCCAAUCAAAUGGAAGAAUGCAUGACAGCUAGAGAAGAUACCAUUACCGCCACCAUUGCUAAAUGCAAUUUCACCUGCUCUCUUACCUGCCUCCAGACCUCUCAAAACAGCUCCAAAAAACCCGAUUUUGGUUCCCUUUCAUCUUCCUCAAUUGGCAAAGACGCCAUUUCAAAUGGGUUCAUCGUGAAAAGGGUGCAGACAAAGCUGUCAAUUGGUAGUAGCACGAAAGUUGGAGAGUUUGAGGAAUUCAAUAUUGCAGUUCCACCUGGAUCAGCCCUCCUUUUUCCAAGUGAGAAAUCGAUUGGUUUGGAUUCUGUUGAUUUCAAGGUGAAGCAUUUGAUCGUUUUGGAUGGAACAUGGGCGAAGGCGAAGAGGAUGUACCAUGAGAAUCCAUGGUUGAAGCUUUUGCCGCAUUUGAAAUUGGAUUCAAGGGAAACAAGCUUAUACAGCGAAGUAAGGCAUCAGCCAAAGGCUGGGUGCUUGUCUACCAUUGAGAGCAUUGUUUGUGCCUUGAAGGCAUUGGGAGAGGAUAGUACGGGUUUGGAUGAUCUUCUGAACGUGUUUGAAUCGAUGGUCAGGGAUCAGAGGCAAUGCAAAGAUGAGAGGUUGAGUAGAGAGUCUUUGGCGGCGCUACUACCUCCUUUCUUUUAUCCUGAAAAGAAGGAAUGAUUAGGAGACAUCAAUGAAGGAAGAUAAUUGCUUCUCAUCCCCACCUCAGACAGAAUAUUCAAACGAUGAUGUCGGUGCUGGGCUCUCGAGAAGAAAGAAACUUCCAAGUUGUACAGACUCGUUCGCCAAGGCCCAGAGGCUUUUAGAUCAACUAUCCACUUUCUUGCAAUUCACUUCAAAUGAUCAUCCAAACACAACCUAAAGAGUUCAAUAGUGGAGUGGGCUAAUGACCCUUAAUGCGCAUCACCCGUCCUACCUCAGCACCUGCCCAAGAUUGUCAGCAUUGAAGAUGGCGCCCAUGUUAUAACUACACAUUUUUUUUAAUGGUCUUAAUCUCUCUUUAUGGUGUGUUUGGAUGUACUAUUUGUUUAAAUUGCAAUUGUUAGUCUAAUAA